AUGGGCGACGAAAUUGCGCUGCUUAGAAAACAGCUUCAACAAAGUCAAGCAGAGAACCGUGCCCUCAAGCACCAGCAUCUUCAGCUUCUGAGGACCCAGUCCCAUGUGCCGGUCUCCUCACAGCUCACCAAUGCAAUCCACCAAAGCCAGAGGGUAAAUCCCCUCGCCCGUAGCCAGUCGACGUUGGGCUAUAGCACCGUUAGCGACUAUGCCCACCAAAGCCCAAAGGGCGUUGCGCGCCUAAAUCGGGUAUACUCGCAUCAAUCGCCGACCUCGAUGAGCAGAACCGCAUCUGCCCGCUUCGAGUCCAUGCCCUUCCGCCCAACUGGCCCUAUCUCACCGCUCGAAAGCCAGCCCUUGUACCGCUCUGCGUCUGACCAGUCCCGCAUGAAUCACCGUUCGCCCUCUCACCAGAGCCUCGCCAAUAUUCAGGAGAACGAUGUGCUUCCCGGCGUGGGUGUAAACCCCGCGGAAUUCAUCGCCAACUACCCGGAAGAUGAGGGCACCUAUCUCGCAACCACAAGGCCUCUAGCACCCAACGAUAUCCAGUUCUUUCAGGGAGCCUCGGCAUGCCCCUCCAUGUACUCUGGUGUGACGGCUCACGAUACGCCAAGCCCCAUGUCAAGGCAGAACAGCGCCUUUGAAAACGGACAGAAUUGGGGUGUUGAUAUGGUCAACACAGUCUCGUCACAGUCCAUGUUCGCCACCGGCUCCGAGCACAUGCUCUACCCCAAUAUGAGCUUCAAUCAAUCGUCAGACGGAAGCCCAAAGCAUCACCCAGCAGCUAACCAAGAUCUCCUGGGUCUUGGUGCGAGCUUGCAGGAUGCAGCGCCAUUGUCAUCGUAUGCACCCACGAGCUUUGACACUAGCUUGACUAGCGACCUGUCUGCUGACCUGUCCGCUGAGAUGGAGCGCAUCGGCUCCAACGAGAGCGCCUCCAGCACCCGCUCUAACGCAUCCAAUUUAGAGCGGCGUGCCAAGGAGCGUCAUAGACAGGUUCUCGAGAACAGCAAGAGAGGCAUCGUCCCCAAACCACAGGAGUCGGACGCCUCGCCACCUGCUAUCAAGAAGAAGAACAAGGUUGCGCCUAACAAGCUCGGCUACCAGCGUCGCAAGCAACCCCGUGUCUUCUGUACCCAGUGUUCCGAGCACCCUGGUGGAUUCAGAGGUGAUCACGAGCUGCAGCGUCAUAUCAAUGCUAAGCACUCUGUCGAAGUAAUCAAAUUCGUAUGUCGUGACCCAGCCUCAGUUGGCCUAAAGUCCAAAGUGCAGCCCAAAGCACCACUCAAAGGCUGCAAGAGCUGUGAAAAUGGCAAGCAAUACGGAGCCUAUUAUAAUGCCGCAGCGCAUCUCCGCAGAGCUCACUUUGUUCCCAAGCUGUCUCGUGGGAAAACCAAGAGCGCCGAUGAGAAACGAGGAGGCAAGGCCGGCGGAAACUGGCCCCCAAUGGACGACCUGAAGCUCUGGUAUGAAAAGAUCACGGUCAUCAGCGGGGGCGCAACCGCAUCCCCUUCCGACGAGGCCGAAAGCCCCGAGGAUGAGAUUGACGACAUGGACCUCGAAACAGAGGAUCCUGAGCCUGUGUCUAGUCUCCAGAACCAGCCGAGUGGUCUCGAUGGUGUCGCUGCUGCCAUGAGCGGUGUCACUGCUGAGUGGACUGGCCUUGUUCAACCUGAGAUCUCUCUGCCCGAAUCUCAAGGCUAUAUGUCUUUUCCUGGACAAAUCAGUUUGGAAAACUCGCCAGCCAACCUGUCUUUCACUGAGGACAACUCUCCCCCAAUCUGGGAAACCACGGCUUCCAGCUCAUUCGCUUCACCGGCCCCCGGCUUUCUGGGCCAGGAGUCACCUGCCGUAGCCUUCCCGGCCUUUUAA